AUACCAUACCGCAGCAUCUCGUGACGUGUUCCCGUAGUUCAGCGACAUUCAUAAUAACAUACCACAGCGAAUAUGAUGGAUAAUAAUGACGAUUGCCAGUCCAUUUUUUCACCACCGACUGGAUUGAUAAGAGACAUAUUCCGGUCGGUGAACUGCUUAAUGCCUACCCCAUUUAUUGGAUGUAGGAUUCACCUGCUGGCUAAGACGAUUGGACUGGGGUUACCAAUCACGUCGAUGUUUAAAGUAAACACCGGCGGCCCCAAGCCAAGUGGCAUGUGGAUUUCGAGUUUUUACAAAGUAACGGAAUGGCAGGGUCUGGACGCGUCCGUCAUGACUGACUUCAACCCCAAGUCGGGUAAAUGGAGUUUUGAAGCGAUCAGUCGAAUGGAAAUUUAUAAAAACUGGUUGGACGUGUCCUUGGCCGGACAGGUGUGCAGAUGGUGUAGUCCGAUCAAAUGUGCAAUCAAUUUAGACUACUGGUUUCCGGACCGUACUCUGUCCUUGUCAAUCGAUCCAGUAUUGAAAGACUGUUCCUUUCAAAUUUUACAAUCCGUGACAAAUGAGCUUUCGUUGGGUUUGAUUUUGGCGUUCAAAAGGAACACUCCGUGCGAUUUAGACAAAUCUCAUUUACAGCCAAAACUGGUAGCCAAGUACGCAGGGCCCUCUUACCUGGUCAGUGGUAGGUUAAAUAUGGCAAGUGGGGCAACCAAACUGGCGUACUAUCGUCAUUGCACUGAUUGGCUGCAAACGGGCACCACAAUCAACCUGGACCCGGCCUGUUCAGAGGUCAUUUCUCGAUUAGCCUUUCGCAUCAUUUCGGAUACGUCCGUGUUCAGGGCCGCUAUCGACACGAAAGGCAUUGUCAGCAGCUUAUGGGAAAAGCGGCUGCGGGAGGAUCGGCUGACCGUGUCGCUGAGCUCGUUCCUCAAUCACUCGGUGGACAACUACGGAGUGGGCAUCGGGCUGUCGUUCGAGUAA